GUCCGUGCCUUCCACCACGCCUUUAGCACCAAUGACUGCUCACGAAAUGUCUACAUCAAGAAGAACGGCUUCACGCUGCACCGCAACCCCAUCGCCCAGAGCACGGACGGGGCGCGGACCAAGAUCGGUUUCAGCGAGGGCCGCCACGCCUGGGAGGUGUGGUGGGAAGGCCCGCUGGGCACCGUGGCCGUCAUUGGCAUUGCCACGAAGCGGGCGGCCAUGCAGUGCCAGGGUUAUGUGGCCUUGCUGGGGAGCGACGACCAGAGUUGGGGCUGGAACCUGGUGGACAAUAACUUGCUGCAUAACGGGGAGGUGAACGGCAGUUUCCCCCAGUGCAAUAACGCGCCCAAAUACCAGAUAGGUGAAAGGAUUCGAGUGAUCCUGGACAUGGAAGACAAAACAUUAGCGUUUGAGAGGGGCUAUGAGUUCUUGGGAGUUGCCUUCAGAGGACUGCCAAAAGUUUGCCUGUAUCCAGCAGUGUCUGCUGUGUAUGGUAACACAGAAGUGACUUUGGUCUACCUGGGAAAACCUUUGGAUGGAUGAUGUGGAUUGUUGCAUUGGGACAUGAAGAUGUGGAUGACUGGGAGGAGAAAUCUGCAUGUUGGUUAGAGGGAAACGUGUAUUAAAGGAAAAACAAAAGUGUGGGUUUGUGUCCAAGAACCAUCGAGGCAAUUGUUGUGAAAUGGAGGACCAGCCAUACUUCAGGAAUUGCGUUCCGUUUCCUCUGUCUACCAGGCCAGAAAAAUCCUCAGGGUUGCAGUUGGUUGAGUGGGAAGCUGACACAUGCAUGUUGCAACAGAUUUCAUUGCUAAUAUGGCAGUGUGUGACCUCAAAUAUUUAAGAAAGGAUUUGAUACGAAACUGCUUGAGGAAAUGAACCUGAGAUUUGUAAGUAGCGUGUUUUGUGAAAGACUCCCAUUUUAAAACUGCUUGUUCCUUCCCUUCCCUCCUUUGGGCCAGUGUGGGUGCCGGAGGAGAGAGAGUCUGGUUGGGUUUU